GAACUGUCACAACAGUUAACAUUAAAAUCACAAUAUAUAUUCAAUGAACCAACACAACUAUAAAAGCAACUUGUAAGUUAUACCAAAGGACAAGCCCCAGUCAAAGGCCCAGCUCCAAAGCUAUAACCAUAUGCCCUCCGCAAGCAGUAUUCAAGCACGGCGUUCAACAUGUCCUCUGGCUCAUCCAAUAUUGAUCCCAGCGAAUUUAACGAGCCCACUGUCGAUGUUUUGGAGUCGCCCAUUCGUGUAUCGCAUAUAGCGCAAGAUCCUGAAACUGAAUUGCAGAGAACAUCGUCGCGGUCGUCCCAUCAGCGGGGCUCCAAUGGACAUGGGCGUAGGUUACGGCAGCGCGUGGUGGCGCCACCUAUUGGCAAUCAGUGUCGCAUCUGGAUAUACCAGCCAAUGUAUGAGCCACAUCCGAAUAGACAUGCCCUGAAUCGCAUUAUAUUCUCAAUAGCACGAGCACUACGCACACGACGCUCGGUGCCGGCUCAGCCGGGCCAGCGUCCAGGCGUUAUAUACAGACGGAAUGCGGACAUGAUAACAAUAGAUGUUGAGAGGGACAUGGAGAGAGAGUUUUAUUCAAGAUCCAGACGCAUAUAUGCUAACAACAGGAACACUUGAAUUUAGGCUUGCAUAGAAGGCAGUUAUGCAAAGAAAAAAUUAAUAAUUGGACAGUAUAUCAAGUAAUCAAAUUUCAAUAAGCAGCCAUUUCGGGGGGUUUCAUAUGUCAAGGUCGAUAUCAUAUAGCUCAAUCUUUUCGUGGUUGCGUUGCAGUAUGCGUUUGCCCAUCGUCUGCAGUAUCGCUUUGUUAUCGCUUUCGUAUCUUCCAACGAACAGAAUAUGGCUGAAAAUUGUGUUAGUUCGGGGAGACGGAAAAUGCGCGGCAUCUGGGACGUAGGAGCACAUAUGCCUGGGACAUGGAAAGGCCUGUCGAAGAUAUAUAUAUAUAUAUAUUUUUAUAAUUAAUGCAUAAACAUUUCUGUGUUUAAAGAUUAUGUUGUUGAGUGCUUGGCGUGCGCAUCGUCAAUGAACUUAAAAAGGCGAUACCAGCAUCUUUUCAUUUCUGUCUAUUGCAAAAAUAAUUGAUUAAAGCACUCUGAAAUAUUUGACGGCA